CAUAGAUUGCUUAAAGUUCUUUAUACGUAUAUAUAAUAUCGGUGUUUUAUAAAAUGAAAGAAACUCAAAGGACUAAAACGACCUCACACGUAUAACAUCUAGACAAGGAAAUUUAUGUGCGCGAGCCAUGUAUAAUCCUUGUAAAGUGUUGUGACGUGUGAUUUUGUAACAAUUUAUGUCAUUAUAAUGACUCAGUUUAUUGAUUAAAAAGGAUUUACAAGUAUGAAUUCAAUCAGAAGUGCGUUUAGUUCGCUACUGUUAGGUAGCGCAAGACGAUCGUUUGAAUCAAACGAUCAUUUGGAUUUGUCGUGUGUUUUUGUGUUGUGACUGGCAUAUUUAAAGUUUAUUUUUCGUGACAAAAUGAAGUUUUCGUGUUCAAUAUUUUUUGUUGUGCUAUUAAAUUGUCACCGUGAAAGUGUUACCCUACCAAUAAAGGGUAGAAAAGAAUUUAAGCUCCCAAAACCUCUCACAAGUGACACAGCGAUAACUAUUAAUGGAACUAUGAUAACAAAGAACAAUUUGUUAACGGUGACGUUGGCGGAAAAAGGAGGAAGUCACAUAUGUGAGUUAAGGUACAACACAUCUGCAAAAUUAAUUUCUAUGAGACAGUCAAAGGACCCAACUGUAAAUACCGAGACUUAUGAAGUUUCAGAAUCUAUAAGGCCCGUAAAAUUUGUACUGCAUAUAGAACCGAGGUUUUACUCGGAAUAUUCGAUAAACUUCGAAUUAAACAUUAACGAUUCCGGUCCACUGCCUAUACAAUGUUUGUCGGGAAACUUUGAAACCGUUAACAAAAUUAUAGUGAAAGGGGCAGAAAGCAUAAGCAGUCUGCUCUUCCAAUACAAAGAUUGAAAAGGGACUCAUUAUUACGACGACAAAUUCGAAGAUUAACGAACGAUAUAUCGUUUAAGAACACCAAGUAAACUAAGGGCAUUUAACCCUUUUUACAUUUCUCAUUUCGUCAAUUGUACUAGGAGUAAAAACUCCUCUACAUUCCAAGAGUCGUUUAAAAAGAACAAUUAUUAAUUGUUUGCAUCGUUUACUU